CGACAACAAAGGCAUCGUAUAAGCACAGGGAACGAUGCAUACGCGAUGCCAUGCUCGAGUCCAGAUUGAGGCAUGAGGACAAUGUCUGCCACAUGCUCGAGUGUGCGCCAAUAUGAAUUUCCUGAGGGACAGGGACGAUGACUUCAAUUUCGGACGCAGCCCGAGCGCCGGCAUCGCUGCGCGAAACGGAUCACCGUUGACGAGCCCGUCCAAGAUCGAGUCUUCCAGCAAGGCUGCGGGGAAAAAGCGGGCGAGCGAGGCGAUGGAUGAUGCCGCCGAGGCUAGCCUCCGCAGGCGAAUAGCCGGACCCUCGAGCGCAAAGGCUGGACUUGCAUUUGAUCAAUAUGAAAUUAAUCGAAUUAUAUACGAGACCACCAAAGGAGGCAAAUUCUUUGAUCACGAGAAGAAGAAAGAUGCGCAAGUCACGGAGCAGGUGCGACGCAUGACCGAAAAGCGCGAUACCAGGCUCCGUGGCAUUCGAGAGGGAAGCAUGGCCUGGAAGAAUAUCGAGAAGGAGAUCGAGUCGGCGGUGGCACGGUUGGAGUCUACUCGCGAUCUUUCGCACGCCAUCCUGCACUGCGAUAUGGAUGCUUUCUAUGCGUCUGUUGAGCUCAAGAGAGAUCCCGCACUGAAAGGGAAGGAGUACGCAGUGGGCGGCGAAGGCAUCCUAGUCACAGCGAGCUACGAAGCAAGAAAGUUUGGAGUGAGAAGCGGGAUGGCAACCUUCGUGGCUCGGGCGCUUUGCCCUCACCUGAUAGUCGUCAAGAAUAACAUGGGUGACUACGUUGCAGCCUCGAGACAGAUCAUGGAUGUUCUGCUCAACUACGAUGAGAACCUCGCGCAAGCGAGCCUGGAUGAGGCGUACAUGGAUGUGACUGGAUAUGUCGAACAGCACGAGACGACCGUCGAACAGGUUGUUGAGCAGAUCAGAGGCGAGGUGCAAGAUAAAACUGGGCUGACCGUUUCCAUUGGGAUCGCACCCAAUACCAUGGUGGCGAAGAUCUGCUCUGAUUUCAACAAGCCCAACGGCCAGUAUCGCGUUCAACCUGAUCGCAACACAGUCAUCACAUUCAUGCGCGAUCUCCCGGUGCGAAAGGUUCCAGGAAUAGGACGCGUCAGUGAGAAAAUCCUUGAAUCUCUCGGGAUCAGAACAUGCGGCGACAUCUGGACACAUCGCGUCAUGCUUUACCUGACCUUUGAUGGCAAGAUCGAUUGGCUCCUGCAGGCGCAUCUCGGGCUGGGCUCUCAUGUUGUACAGCCGGCACAGCGGCACGAGCGCAAAUCAGUCGGACGGGAAACGACAUUCAUGCCUACCGCAAAUGAAACCGAGAUGCUCACACAUUUGCGCAAAUGUUGCGAUCAGGUCGAGAAGGAUCUCGAGCGGCUUGACUUCGACGGGAGAACGGUGACUCUAGUGGCCAAGCACGCCACGUAUCAGCGCUUCAGCAGAGCCUUCACAUACCACACUGUCAGGCACUACAAGUCAGCAGACGACCUGUAUAGUAUCGCCAAGCAACAAUUCGACGCCGAGCAGAAGCGGUCCGGUGGGCUCAAACUGCGCCUGAUCGGUGUACGUUUGACGAAUCUGCGCGAUCUGCAACUGUUGCAAGAUGGAGGGCCACUGAAAAAGAUGCUUAUGUCUGCUGGGAGAUCUAUCGCCGCAUCGAAGUCUGAUAUUGGCUGGAACCUGAACGCGGGGGGGACAAGCGAUGAGGUUAAUUUAGGAAAAGGCGAUGUUGCUUCGACAGAGGAGGGAGAGGAGCGACAAAUCAGGCUCGCUUUAGAAGCCUCUCUGAGAGAGGUGCAAGUGGGCAACGUCCAAUUUUCGCAAGGAGAAGCUACCCAUUGUGACAAGGGCCUGGUGUCAAGGGACGGCUUGGAUGAGAAGAGUGAACUUCGACAGGAUGCUCACCAGCUGUUCCAAGACUGCCCUGUGUGCCAAAGGCGCAUCUCUUUUGCGCCGGCUACAAUAGAGGAAGUGAUGAAUCAACGGCUGAACCAGCACAUUGAUGCCUGUCUUUCUGGCUUCAACGAUCUCUCACCGUCAGAUUCCGCUGCUCGUAAGGGGGACCAGAGUCAUAUAGAGUUCUACUUCAAGAGCUGAGGCUCAGGAAUGGACUUUCCACGCACACUCUCUCUGUAUUUACACCACCACGGUCGCUUUAGAACCAACAACUUUGUAUCCUACACAUGAUUUCGACAAGUUCACGCUCAAUAGUAUGCAUUGGCACC